CGAGGUGACCGUGACGGCGAUGUCGCCAUGGACUCGAUCGCAGUCAUGGGCCGCAGCAAAAUCGGCAAGGCCGCACCUACCGGACCAGCAGCCACUCGAGCCACGCGCAGCGGCGGAAAGGACAUCCUCACGACGGGCGGCCGACGCGAACUCAUUCGAAAGGCUGCAAGCGGCGAUGUCUCCAUGAGAGAGCCUCGUGCGCCAAGCUCAGCGGUCGUCCUUAAGAUCGAUGGUUGGACCAAAAGCAAAGCCGCAGACAACACCGACCGCGGCCGCAAAUCCCUCACGCAGUGGCUAGAGAAGAAGGCGGGCAUGAGACUAGGGAGAAGAGACGUGAGAAUCAGGAAGACCAAGCAGGAUGGAGACACAUUGCUGAUCACCGUGCCAUCGGUGGAUGCAAAGGCAUAUCAGCGAAUGGAUGGAUACGAGUGGGCGGGUGCAAAACUCAGCAUCAAGCGCGAGGGAGAUGCAGGCGAAGAGAAGAAGGACAGCCAGACAGAGGAUCUCAAGGCCAUGCUAAGAGGCGUGCUUGAGCGACGAUGGAAUCCUGACACCAAGGUUCUGGAUCUCACGGCACUCGGACAAGACCCGGACCUGAAAGCCUCAUCCAUGUUCGAUAAGAGGUCGACCACCAGCAAGUUCUUUCCUGCACUCAUGAAGGUCCUUGAUAUGUCCUUCGAAACUUCACAUGAGCGCGAUGAAGCCAUCUCUGGCGUCACGCUUGCCAAUAAUGCUUUGGAGAAUCUCGACAUCGUCAAGGAACUCUCCAGAACGCUGCCAAAUCUCCAAAACCUUGAUCUUUCAAACAACGCAUUCGCCAAUAUGGCCGCAUUGGAUCUGUGGAGACGACGAUUCAAGAAACUGCAGAACCUCAUUUUGAACGGCAACCCGCUUGAGCAGAACGAGCCCAACUUUGCGACUGAGAUCGUCAAAUGGUACCCGUCACUGAUGUUCCUCAACGGCGUGCAGGUCCGCACUGAGGAGGAUGUCAAGAAUCAAAACAACCUCACCAACCUUCCGUUCCCAAUUCGUUCGCCACAAUUCCAGGACGAGGGUCAAAUCGCCGAGACCUUCAUUCGCAACUGGUUCAUGGGCUUCGACAACGAUCGACCGCAGCUUGCGCAAGUGUACUACGACGAGAACUCCGAAUUCUCGCUUGCUGUCAACACAGCUGCUCCCCGAGAUCCUGCCGGAAAAGUAAGUACUGGACCACAAGAAUGGGAUCAGUACAUCAAGCACAGCCGGAACCUCAAGAAGUUGAAUCACCUUGGAGCCCGAGCCUCUCGUCUAUACCGCGGCACGAAGGCGAUCAGCGAGCUAUUCGCACAGCUGCCCAAGACACAGCAUCCGACACUCGAGGAAUCCACCAAGUGGAUGAUCGAAUCGCAUAUUCAGCCUGGCAUUCCAGACCCAACGGGUGCCAGCCCAUCUGGCGUCGACGGCUUCUUCAUCUCCAUCCACGGCGAGUACAACGAGCCCGAAACACAGAAGCAGCGCAGCAUGGACCAUGCAAUCUACAUUGGUCCUGGUGGCUCUAUGGGAGUGCGCGUAGUCAGCCACACUGUGACCAUUCGUGCCUACGGUGGUGACCAGGCUUUCUUGCCUAUCGUGAACACCCCACCGAUGCCAGCUGCAGAUGCGUCUAUCGCAGAUGGUUUGCCACAACUGCCAGUAGGCGUCUCGCUCGAAAUCGCCGAGCAGAUGGUGGCCGAGUUGAGCAAGCAGACCAACUUGACACCUCAAGGCUCGCAUGACUGCUUGACACAGACAGCCUGGAACUUCGACGCUGCACUUCAAGCUUUCAACAACGUAAAGGCCAGUCUUGGACCAGAAUGGUUCAUC